GAGAGAGCGAGAGAGAGAGAGAGAGAUGGGUUGUUCUAGGGAGAGUGAAAGAUUGGGCAUGUUGGUGGCGGUGGUGGUUGUGUUAUUGCAGCUGAACUUGGUAGUGAAUGGACAAAGCUCAUCACAACCAAAACACUGCAACUUCACUCAAACGCCACGGUGCCUUAAAAAUGUGACUGGGUUGGGUCAUGUGGUUCUUGUACAUGGUAUCGGCCAAGGAGAAUGGUACUGGUAUAAGGUUAAACCCAUACUUGAGGCUGGAGGGUAUAACGUGACAACCAUUCAACUUGGUCCUUCAGUCACCAGUCCUGUGAAUUCAAUAAAAAAUGUUACAUUCUGGAAUUACUCACAGCCAUUGUUUGAUCUGAUGGAUUGCAUAAACCAUAGUGUUUUUAUUGUGAGUCACAGUGCAGGAGGCUUCAAUAUGGCUGUUGCAAUGGAGAAAUACCCCAAAAAGAUACGUGCUGCUGUCUUUGUUGCUGCUUACAUGCCCGAUACUGCCCACAACAUGUCUUAUGUCCUUGAUGAGCAACCUAAGUAUCCACCAGACAGUGAUCCACACUGGGAGGACACUUGUACCGUGACUAGUGGGAACAACAAAUGGUACUUUUUUGGUGGUGAUUUCUUGAGUGACAGACUAUAUGAAAGGGCCACUACUGAGGAUAUAGCGCUCUUGUAUACACAGAGAAGGCCAGCAUCAUUCUUUGAAAAUGAAUUGGCUAAAAUUCAGCUCUCAAAUGACAGUUAUGGGUCACUUGAUCGAUACUACAUUUUAACCGGAAGUGAUUUAGCAUUGCUCAUCCAAUUUCAACGCCAUAUGGUUUCGGAAUUUCCAGUGAAGGAUCAAAUGUUUAUAAAGAGGGCUGGUCAUGAGGUCAUGCUUUCCAAACCCAUACUCUUGUGUGGUCAUCUCUUCGAUAUUUUCAGACGCUAUGGGAACCUUUCAGACGAGAAGCACCAACUUGGGACGGUUUGGCCGGUCAAGAUUAGCGCCAAACCGGAUUCAAUCUAGAUUGAACCAACCAGAGGAAACCAUAAAUAAGAUCACUAGGUCGUCUGGUCCUAUAUAGCAUGGAGUUAUGGACAUGCUAAUAUUGCUUGUGAUAUGGUUAUUGUGUUGUGUGUGGUGUGUGGUGUGUGGU